AUGGGUUCCGUGUAUAAGGUUGUCUUUAUAAGGCACGGCGAAAGCGUUUACAAUCAGGAGAACAGAUUUUGUGGGUGGCACGAUGCUGAUUUGUCUCCCAAAGGCGAACAAGAGGCUCAAUGUGCGGGGAAAAUGAUUAAGGAGAAUGGGCUUACUUUUGAUAUUGCCUUCACGAGUGUUCUGAAGCGUGCUAUCAAAACGCUUAAUCAUGUGCUUGAGGUGAAUGAUUUGCACUGGAUUCCUGUGCAUAAAUCGUGGCGUUUAAAUGAGCGAAUGUAUGGUGGCCUGCAGGGAUUGAACAAAUCUGAAACAGCUGCAAAGCACGGUGAAGAUCAAGUUAAGAUUUGGCGUCGGGCUUAUGAUAUCCCACCGCCUCCACUAGAGGUGUCGGAUAAACGCUGGCCAGGUCUAGAGGAAAAGUACAAGUUACUUGACGUCGAAUGUAUUCCAGUUACGGAAUGCUUAAAAGAUACCGUCGAGCGCGCUCUUCCCUUCUGGUUUGAUGCAGUUGUUCCCGCCAUUAAGCAAGGCAAACGAGUUUUGAUUACCGCUCACGGUAAUAGUCUUCGGGCUAUCGUAAAGUUUCUGGACAAGAUUCCGGAUAAGGACAUUGUGGAGCUUAAUAUUCCUACCGGAAUCCCACUUGUUUAUGAAUUGGAUAAGGAUCUUCGUCCUGUUAAGCACUACUAUUUAGCUGAUGAUGCUACAGUCGCGGCCGCCAUCAGCAGUGUGGCGAAUCAGGGCAAGGCCAAAUAG